AUGCGGUUCCCUUUCCCGGGCGAAGAGGAAUUGGAUCUGCUAGAGCAGGUAUGGAAGAUACCAAGUACGAGACAUCUUGAUAGACCUGCUACAUCAGAUAGAUUUACAGAUAUCAUGACUGCAUUGUCGGCAAAUCUCGAGGUUGUUAAGUUGAAGAGCUUGUCUCAUGAUAGAUUGCCAUUUCAGUUCUUCACUCAGCAACAAGAAACAUUGGAUCGAUUCUUUCCUGUUGCCAACAACCUUACGACUUUGAGUUUGGGUAUAGACUCUCACGACUCAGAUCGUAUACAUUACGUCAAAGGUAUUCAGAACAUAUCCAAUGUCCUCGGUUCCGCAACACAACUGCAGCGUCUUUCACUUAUCUUUUACGGCAGGAGAAAAUUCGAUAUCUCUCCCCUCUUCAGACACAUACUUGACGCCGAAAUUAACCUCGAUAAACUCGAAUAUCUGAACCUUCAGUCCAUCAUUACCACUGAAAUUGAACUCGGCAACUUCAUCACUGGACUCCCUACGCUCCAACAUCUUCAACUGGGCGGCCCGGGACUACGAGCACCGCAUCAGCCCGCGAAUGGCGGUGUCCACCUCACUCAGGGCUCGUUUGAUGGCUUAUUCAAUCGCUUGGAUCAAGAGAUGCAGUUGGAUUGUUCGUUGGUUCAAGGGGAUCUUGUUGGGUUGGAGAGUGGAGAGCGAUGGGUUUUGGAUGAUGUUGAAAUGCAGACGAACUUGAAAGAGUAUGUCAUUGACUGA